AUGAUCUGGCUGACGAUCAUCGCUCGUGUUGCUGAUGGACUGCCUCUGGCCGCCUCGAUGCAGGAAGACGAGCAGUCGGGGAGGAAUCUACAGCAAUAUCAGCUUCAGGCAAAGCAACUUGUCCACAAACUGAAUGAGCUCUCGCCGGCUCGCUGCUCCCUGGAGGCCGGAGAUUACACCUUCCAUUGCCUGACAGCGGGGGGGAUCUGUUACCUGACGCUGUGCGAGGCCAGGUUCAGCCACAGGAACGCCUUCUCCUUCCUGGCCGGGCUGGAGGCCGAGUUCAGCGAACUGCACCUGCGGAAGGUUCCGGCUGUCACCCGGCCCUACGUCUUCAUCGAAUUCGACACGUAUAUCCAGAAGCUGAAGAAGACCUACAGUGACUCCUGGUCCCGACGCAGUCUGGUGGUGAUGCCUGAUCUGGAGAGUGUCCUGGUCACCACCCUCGAGGAGGUCCUUCAGCGAGGAGAGGGCCUGUCAGAGCUGAACACAAAAAACAGAAAACACAUGUCCGUCCAGUCGGGGAAGCCCCAGCUCAGCCUCCGUUGCCCAGACCUCCACGCCACAGAGCCCCUCCCCCGAGACCCCCAUUCUCCUACUCCGCGGAGGAUCUACACCAAAGCUGCCGUCUCCGGCUUGUGUCUCAUCACUGCUCUCCUGUGUUUCUGGUGGUUGUGACCCUGACACAGGCCACAUCCUGCCAGGAACCCAAUUCUAAUGUCACCCCCCACACCCCCCCACCAUUGCCCUUCCCCUCCU